AUGCCGCGCGCGCGGUCGUCGCGCGUCGAACGCGCGACGCGGUCGUUUAAAGAUGACGAGCCGCGGGGACGUCGAGAGGGAUCGGAGGCGAACGAGCGCGGCGACGAGACGCGCGAGGGCGAGAAACGACGAUGGAGUCGAAGAUUUCAAAGCGCGUCGCGCGCGAUGGUGAUGGUAAUCGCCCUGACGUGCGCGCUCGAGACGCCGAGAGGAGCGCGCGCGGGGAACGCGUUCGCCAGGCAAACGCCGGUCGGGGACUUGGGAUUCCUCGGCGUGCCGGGACCGCCGGGAAGAAGCGGACACAAGGCGGUGGUGACGGAUGAUUCGCAAAUGUUCAUCUUCGGCGGACGCGCGAAGUCGACGAACGGGGAUUUUUUGAACGACUUUUGGAUGUACGACUGGGAGACGGGCUCGUGGGUGGCGUACACGCCAAACGAAUUGUUGUGCGAUCAGUGUUCAACGUGUCAGGACACGGGAGCAACGUGUUACGAUUGGACGGGAUUGCGACCUUAUAGCGAGCCGACGCUGAAGGAAGGGAAAAAUAGGAAGGAGCGUUCGAUACCGAGCGGGCGAAUCCAUCACGGGAUGGCGCUCACGCUCAACCGCGAGACUGGGAUUCGGGAUACCAUCAUCAUGUAUGGAGGCGAGAGCAUCGAUUGCACUGAUUACUGCGACGAUGUUUGGCACUACAAUAUUCCGAACAAUCUAUGGAGCAAAAGAUCCUUCACCGGACAGGAACAGCGACCCGUGAGACGAUGGAAGCACGCCAUGACGGAUUACUACGACGCUGUCUUCUUAUUUGGAGGACACUCGCAAAGAUUACUCUCGACGACUGCGAAUGCGGCGAACCAGACCAACGAUACAUCGUUUUAUUACGACACUGAUGUCGUUUAUGACGGCACUAGGCCGUUAUUCAUGGAAGAUCUUUGGGUUUACAACGCUACGAAUCGCCAGUGGGAGUACCUCGAGCCUUCAUGCACGACGUGUUCUAGUACCACGACAGAGAGUGACGGUACGGCGGACCGAGAUUUAUACGGCCCUCGUGGCCGAACUGGUGCAAGCCUGGUGAGCUAUGAAGACUCUUUGUACCUUUUUGGCGGCUACUCCUAUGGAGGUGAAUCAAACUUCAAAGAGCUGUAUCCCGUACCCAAGAAUGAAACGAUCCGUCAGUUGCUGUACCCAUCGCUGGAGAGUAAGUAUUUUCUUAACGACCUUUGGCGGUACGACAUUUUGACAAACUCUUGGACUGAGUUAAUGCCGAGAACAAAUUACACUGCGAAACCUGAGCGGAGGCACGGACAUUCUGCCACAGUUGUGUUGAAAGAUUCUGUCGCGGUGAUGCUCAUUCAGGGAGGUCGCACGUGGGAAGACGAAAUCGGAGAUAUGUGGCAGUAUAACAUUUCAUCCAACGUGUGGACUGAGAUCGUUCCAGAAGGUGAUUAUCCCUCACGACGAGAAGGAUCGACAAUGGUCUCUGUUGGUCAGACUUCGACAUUUAGAUCUGGUUCAUCACGUCAGGCUGGUCGCGCGUUGAUAUUCGGAGGUCAUGGUUGUCUGAAAGGCAAGACAUAUGCUGAAGCUGUGGCCGCUGCAGCCGCUGCAAGUACGGGUACGGUCGGUAGAACAUAUGUGGACGAUCUUUCUGGGGUGACUGUGGACUGGCAAAGCAAGUAUAGUGUAACUACGACGGGUAAGCUUGUGAUAAACGGCGUGACGAUGGAAGACGCCAGCGAUCCUACAUUUUUGGCUGUUGAAGAUGGAACAACACAAGUGCAAACAGUCACGAGCUAUGGUGAGACGGUUUGUACUGAAGAACUCAGUGAUCUUUGGCAGUAUCUUCCAGAUGAAUGCCCGAACGAUUGCAGUCGAUCUGGUACGUGUAGCUUCAACACGUGCAUGUGCUCAAAAGGGUAUUACGGCAACGAUUGCUCGUUGCCAGAGUGUCCUCAGUCAAAUUGCACAUUUGAUAGCGUUGGACGUAAAAUGGUGUGUAAUCACUGCAGUGGCCGAGGUGAGUGUAGUAACGGUGUGUGCGUGAACUGCGCUUACCCGUCGAGUGGCACCUAUUGCGAAAUUAAAGUUGGUUUGUGUACGACAUGCGAGUGUUACGAAGACAACGGUGAAGAACCCCCGGAGGGCUUGGACUGUGGUUUGGUGUUGGUUUGCCCGAAGAAUCCUUCUGUUCCAAGUUCUGCAGAGUGCUCGGGCAACGGUAUUUGUGUAGAAGGCGUGUGUAACUGCUAUCCUGGGUUCACUGAAAGCAUGGUGGUUACUCGAGUCGGCGACGCUCGAUUUCCUGCCAAUCUCGACGUGAAUGGCACAGUUGUUCCCGCCCCAGAAUGCGGUUAUGAUGAGACGGCGCCCAACAAGUACAACAAAGCUCUAGUGACAGAUGCGUGUAUACCGACGUACAUCAAAGAUUGUGGUGACUUUCUGUACGAGAUGGCGGGUUCAAGAAGGACUGCUGGACUCGGCGUCGCCGCACUCAUAGCGAUACUGACGUUUCAAGCAUUGGUCGACCUCGGGUAA